AUGUUACUUGAAUUGUUAAAGGAUGCACUUCCCGAAGGUGAAACCUUACCAAGGUCUUUCUAUGAAACCAAGAAGAUUAUUGGAGACUUGGACCUAAAAUACAAUAAAAUUGAUGCUUGUCCCAAUGAUUGUAUGUUAUAUUGGAAGGAUACUGUCGACGAGCAAUCAUGUGGUAUACGUGGUGCGUCCAGAUGGAAAACAUUUGAACAUCAAUCAGAUAACGAGGCGACUUCUUCGACUGCCAAAGAGAGAAAAAUUCCAGCAAAAAUAUUACGCCAUUUUCCUUUGAAACCAAGGCUUCAGAGGUUGUACAUGUCAUCUAAAACAGCUUCCUCUAUGAAAUGGCAUUAUGAGUGUCGCACCGAAGAUGGAAUGUUAAGGCAUCCGGCUGACUCCCCGGCGUGGAAAACUUUUGAUCACUACCAUCCGACCUUUUCAUCGGAUAGUCGCAAUGUUAGACUUGGGUUAGCAACUGACGGUUUCAAUCCAUUCAAGACAAUGAGUAUUGCUCAUAGCACAUGGCCGGUUAUUCUGAUACCAUAUAACUUGCCACCAUGGAUGUGUAUGAAGCAAUCUUAUUUCAUGAUGUCCUUGCUUAUUCCUGGUCCUUCUGGACCUGGUAAUGAUAUUGACGUGUAUUUGCAACCUUUAAUAGAUGAGUUGAAGGAUUUGUGGGAGGUUGGCAUAGACACUUAUAAUGCCUCAAGCAAUGAAAUAUUUCGAAUGCAUGUAGCAUUGUUGUGGACUAUCAGUGACUUUCCUGCAUAUGCGAACUUAUCUGGAUGGAGCACUAAAGGACGCCUUGCUUGUCCUUGCUGUAACAAGGACACUUUGUCUAAAUACUUGAAGCAUGGUCGAAAGUUUUGUUAUAUGGGUCAUCGUCGAUUCUUGGAACUUGAUCAUAAAUUUAGAAGUAAUAGCAGAUCUUUUGAUGAUACAGAAGAAUUUAGCGAGGCACCAACUUUGCUAUCUGGGUCUGAUGUGUUGGAUCAGUUACAAGGAAUUAAUGUCACAUUUGGGAAGAAGACUUCUGACAAUUAUGGGCACAAGAGAAGACGAGAGGAUAAUACGAAAGAACGAUAUAACUGGAAGAAGCAGAGUAUCUUUUUCGAUUUGCCAUAUUGGGAGCAUAAUUUGUUGCGGCACAAUCUGGAUGUGAUGCAUAUUGAAAAGAAUGUGUGUGACAAUGUGCUCGGGACACUAUUGAACAUUGAAGGGAAAACAAAUGAUAGUUUAAAGGCACGUCUCGACAUGCAAGAUAUGGGUAUAAGACAAACAUUGCACCUAAGGCAGCUUUUAUCGAACAAAACAUAUUUACCACCUGCAUGCUUUACCAUGUCAUCCAGUGAGAAAGAUGAUUUCUGUAAAGUUUUGAAGCGAGUGAAAGUUCCAGAUGGUUAUUCAGCCAAUAUUUCACGAUGUGUAUAUCUCAAAGAGCACAAAAUUUCAGGGCUCAAGAGUCAUGACUGUCAUGUUUUGAUGCAGCAAUUACUUCCUAUAGCGAUACGAACGACAUUGCCUAACUACGUGAGCUCAGUCUUGCUUAAAUUGUGCAAUUUCUUUAGGGAAUUGUGUUCCAAAGUUGGCCAAGUAAAAGAUUUUGAUGGGAUGGAAUCUCAAAUUACGGUAACACUUUGUCAUCUAGAAAAGAUCUUUCCACCAGCUUUUUUUGAUAUUAUGGUGCAUUUGCCGAUUCAUUUAGCGGGUGAGGCCAAACUAGCAGGACCGGUACAAUACCGAUGGAUGUACCCCAUCGAGAGGUACCUGCACACAUUGAAGUCAUAUGUACGUAAUAAAAGUCGGCCCGAGGAUUCAAUUGCAGAAGGGUACUUGGCGGAAGAAUGCUUAACUUUCUGCUCGAGGUACUUGCAUAAUGUGGAGACAAGGUUCAACCGACCAAUACGAAAUGAUGACUAUGGUAACACCGUUAUAGAACAAUCCGCUAUUUUCCCACAAAUAGGUCGUGCAUUAGGGAAGCCGGAGGAUUAUGUGCUAGAUAAAGUUGCAUUUACAUAG